UAGCACCCUCCUGUGGCACAUAAGGACAUGGUGAUCUCAAUCUGCCAGGCUGUGGUCACCUAUGUGCCCCUUCUGUGGUUUGUAAGAGUGGCUGACGGGAUGCCCGACCCCGCUCAGAGGGACCUGCUGAUGCGUCAGGAGGCAUCCAGACAGACAGGGGGGCGGGUGGCGCUGACGGCGGCCGAGCAGAAGCUGGACGCUUACCUCCAUCAACUGAAGGAGAAAGAGAUGUCUGCCGCGGAGUUCCCCCCUGCUCUUCAUUUCUUCAGAGCAAAGCCUCUCAUUCAGAAGAGCGCCAUCUUCAAACUGCUGCAGAAGAUGCCUAAAGGUGCAGCCCUCCACAUCCACACCUCCUCUCUGGUCAGUGCUGAAUGGCUGGUGAAAAACGUCACCUACAGGCCGCACUGCUACAUCUGCUUCACGUGGGACAACUCGGUGCGCUUCCUGUUCUCAGACCGCCAGCCCUUCCCACGAUGGGACUGCUUCUACUGGCAGCUGCUUGAGACUUUGAGAGCCAGAAUCGGGGACACUGCAGGCUUUGAUAACAGUCUAAUGCAGCACCUCACACUGUUCACCGAGGAUCCAGAUGGUGAGUACCCGAGCCAAGAUGUUGUGUGGGACAAGUUUGAGAAGGCUUUCAUCGCAGCUGCUGGGCUGAUCACCCAUGCCCCUGUGCUGAGAGACUACUUCUACAAGGGCCUCGGGGAGCUUCAUCUUGACAACGUCAUGUAUCUGGAACUUAGGAGCGGCCUCUCAAGGACGUAUGAGCUCGAUGGAACCAUUCACGGUAAGGUCUGGACUCUGAAAACGUUUCAAGAGGUUACUAAGAAGUUUACAACAGAUCAUCCGGACUUUCUCGGGGCUCGUAUCAUAAUUUCUGUACACAGGGCUCUGGGUGUAUCUGAGGUCAAAGCAGCUGUGAAAGAGGCCAUUCAGCUGCAGAAGGACUUCCCAGAUGUUGUUGCAGGAUUUGACAUGGUUGGCAGGGAGAACAGCGGGAGGACUCUUUGGUACUUCAGGGAGGCACUUUCUCUGCCAGCCGAACUGGGUAUCACGCUGCCAUAUUUCUUUCACGCAGGGGAGACAGAUGAUGAAGGCACCGAUGUAGAUCAAAACAUUCUUGACGCCCUUUUGUUCAACACCACACGCAUUGGGCACGGCUAUGCUUUGGCACACCAUCCACUUGCCAAAGAGCUUUCUAGGAAAAGAAACGUGGCUGUGGAGCUGUGCCCCAUCUCAAACCAGGUGCUGAAGCUGGUAUCGGACCUUCGGAACCACCCUGCAGCUGUGCUGAUGUCUGAGGGCCAUCCGAUGGUGAUCAGCUCUGAUGACCCGUCUCUGUUCGGCACCACAGGCCUCUCCUACGACUUCUAUGAAGCCUUUGUGGGCAUCGGAGGGUUAAAAGCAAACCUGGGCACUCUGAAAGAGCUGGCUGUUAAUUCUAUCAGGUAUAGCUCCCUGCCAGCUCAUAUGAAGGACACGGGUUACGCCAUGUGGCAGAACAAAUGGGAUGCCUUCAUCUUUGAUCAUUCAUGACAGCCCGAC